GUAAUAUAAUACACAUGCCUCGCUUAUCCUUCCAUUCUCGCUGUAUAGUUAAAUGAGAGCAUGGCUCCUUUUAGGCCUGCUCCCCUUGUGUUUGUGUGUCUCUCAUGACAAGUCUCCUGAGCAGAGCCAGCACUCGGGGCUUUCUGUAUAUUGUAUAGUAGUGAGAGAAGGCUGGAGGGGGAUUCGGCUGGAGGAGGAUUCGUCUGGGUGUAGCUGCGCCUCUCAUACAUCCAUAUUUACACACAGGCUCCGGUCCGCCGGAGACAGGGAGCCUCAGAGACUUCCUCCUCCUCCUCCCAGCGCCAAACAUCACCGCUGCUGAAGAUGGCACUGCAACUUCUAGGAGCCGCCUGGAUCCUACUUCAUGUUAUGUCACCGCUGGUGUCAGCGGGUAAAGACUGUCUGUGGUAUCAGGAUCACAGUGGUGGUUGGCAUCCUAGCCUAGAUUGUAAUUUUGGUACUUUUUGCUGUGGAGACUGUUACCAAAGAUAUUGCUGCUUUGACCCUAGUAAACUAAUCACUGAGAGAAUGCAGAAGGGCUGUCUUUCUAUAAGCCCGAAGACCAUUGCAGGCAUUGGAUUUGCUGUGCUACUCUUCUUUGUCGUGAUUGUUACAUUGAUUUGCUGCUUUAUGUGCUCUUGUUGUUAUCUGUAUCAGCGUCGCCACCAGCGCUCCACACCAUACAGAGCUCAAGAAAUCCAGAUGUCGGGUGUUUCCCAGCAACCUCUUUAUCCUACACAACCUCCUUAUCCAACCCAGUCUCCUUAUCCAACCCAGUCUCCUUAUCCAACCCAGGCUCCUUAUCCAACCCAGCUUCCAUACCCAAUGCAGCCUCCAUAUGCCCCACAACCUUAUCCAAUGGAUCCCAAGUUUGCACCACCUCAGCCUGGAUAUGAACCUGUGCCUAUGUACCCAGAAAGUGGACCAACAUCCCAGUAUCCUGUAUAUUCUCCAGCACCUCCGAUGUACAAUCCAAACUUUGCCGGUCCACCUCCAAACACAAUGUAUCCUGGGCAGUGACGACAAGAGUGGAGGAAUAUUAUUUCAUUAUCUUGACUUGUUUUGCUCUAUUGGUUGUGGAUUUUUGUCGGAGGAACAUCCUGUAUUACAUACUGUGUGACUUUAAGCAUUUCAUUGCUCCACCAUGAAAAAUGCUUUCUUUGUACACCCAAUUCACUUGGUCAUGCCACAAAGAUGAAAGAUUCUUUGAGCACAUUGUCUUCUUGCAGGCUGCAGAAAUAUUCAUUAUCAGGUUGAGUUGCAUGGUUACCUUCACUAAAGUUACUGGAACACAUUUUACUAAUGUCUGUUGUGGAUGUAAUAAUGAUACAUUAUGUGUCGGACUUCAAUUCUUUUCAGACUUAAAGUGAAAUUAUAUUAACCUGUGUAUGUGAACUGCCACCAAGAUGUUGCACCAAGCACUCAGAUAUCCCAACAUGCAUCAAUAGAGUCUCCCAAGAAGAGGUGAAUUAUGGAAAUCUUAAUUUCACUUAAAAAUGUGCUGCUUUGUCCCACCUCCCACGCUUCACUAUUGGUCAGUAAAGCAACCCGUCAUUUGAGGAUCUACUGGGAAAGGCAUGGGGGGGGGGGGGUAGUAAGUCACAACUGCCGAGGUGAAGUCAAGAUUUUCCAUUUAGAGUACCACAGGUUUUAGGGCUUGCCAGGUACUUUAGAAGUUAUUAAGCUAUUUUAGAAGUUAUUAAGCUAUUUCAUUGUACCUUACCGGCGUGCAUUAACAUCUUGAUGCCAGUUUGAAAAAAAAAUAAUAAUGUACAUUUCAAAGUUGCUGGAUAUAGCUGCUGCUGUAAGAGCGCUGAAUGUAAAGAAUGUAUUUUUAAGUUAAACUACAAUAUUUUUUACAGUAAAUAAAUAUUACUGUUCUGUUAUUUUAAACAUUUUAAA